CUAUCUCUGUGGGGUGCUUGCUGGUGCUGUCUGGUGCACAGGCUGGAUAAACCGUGGUGAUACUUCAGCAAGCGGCAGCUUGGCUCCAGUUCAGUCCUGAGCUGCCAUCGGUGCAUUCUGUAGGGGACUGUUGAAUGAGGGUGAGCUGGGCUCAGUGGGGCUGAAGCUGUGCUGCUGCUUGUGACCCUCGUCCUGCUGUGUGACCUGACUGAUGGGGUGGUGGUGGUACCGAGGAGCAGCUGGCUUCUGACACGGGGUAGUUUAUUCUUCCUCCUCCAAGAAGUGUCUCUGCUUGUGGCCUCUGUCCUCCAGUUCCAGGUAUCUCUAGACAAGCAGCUUGCUCUGCCUUUGCUUCAGCCCAGGAAAGUGGGAGGCCUGGGCUCUGGCAGGCUGCCUGCUGGGUGGAGCAGCUCCUCAGGUGGGGGUAGGAGAAAGUCUUCAGUGAAGUGGAUGAAAUGGACUUCUGAGAGCAGGGCCACAGGGCUGUUACACAUCACUGCAGGGGUGGGGCUGGGAAAGGGUGUGGAGAGGAAGCUCUCGCUGAUGCGGUGACAUGGCUGCAGGGUCAGGGCUUAGGGAGAGCAAAGCCAGGUGAUGCUUUGCAUUGCAUUGCUAGCCUAAGCAGACAAGACCUCGCAGCCUUGCUUGUGGGCAUGCUGGCUUUCCAAGGCUCCUCCAACUUGCCCAGCUUUGAAGAGCUAAUGGCUGUGACUGUGUCACGCUCACAGCAGAUGAAAGGCAGGGAACAAGCUCCAUGGGUUCUUUUAAUCCUCUGCCUGGCCUCAUCAUUCUCCAGCGUCAUGCUGUGCUCGGGGUGGACCUGCUGGUUUCUUCCUUUUGUCUCCCCAGCCUCCCUCCUGGCUGCACUAAUGUGGCAGGAGACUGGCAGGGCUGCGGGUGCAGACGCUGGGCCGGGCAAAUGAGUUACUGGAAGCACUGGUUUGCAAGAUGUAACUGGUUGGGGAGGGGCCCAAACUGGGCUUAUAACCCGGGGUCUUGGGGAAGCAGGGUGAGGAGGAGGCGACAGCAGCCGCUGGGGAGGCAGCUGGUGGGAGUGGAGCAGGAAAAAGGCCAGGAGGCGAGUGGAGAUGGCGGCAGGGAAAUGGGGCACGUCUGCUCUUCUGCCUUCAGUCCUCCCUGAAACAACCACUGAUUGCCCUGAAAAAUGUGCUGAGGCACAAAGAACGGCAGCGAAGACGGUGGCAGCAAGGCAAGGAGCUGCAAAGUGCCUGGGGUUGAGAGCAGAGGGUGCAGGGAGAGUAAUGGGCCGGGGAGCUGAGCUGAUUUUGUAUGCUUCAAAGAGCAGAAAGCAAAGCUUUCAGUUAACACUUCACAGGUUUUUCUUUUUUCCUUUCUUCCUAUCUUUCUUGCUGCUUCAGGCGUUGAGCCCCCCAAUAAAAUGAGGCUGAGCAUUUUGCAGCCCUUCCCACCGCUUCUCCAGCCUGAGCCCAUGGCGUGCACAGCUACUCUGCAGGUUGCUCCAGCAAGGCUCACUUUAUGCCUCCUUUGGGCCAUUACAUGCUGGAGAAAAGAAUGUGGUGCUGGGCAGGGAAGCCUGCAAGCAUUACUCACUGCUCCCAACUCCGACAAGCGGAGGGGAGCCAGGUGGUUUCCUCUCAGAAACGAUGGGCAUAGGAGAUGGGGGAUUUUUUUUAACCAAAUCUUUUCCAUCUUUGUGUUUUGGCUGUGAUGUGCUGGGAGUCUCCGGCUGCAGGGACGGCAGGGAUCAGCCACAGACUGUUGCAAGCCACCCAGCCCUUUCUCACCUCCCUAUAACUGCCCAGGGGGAACUGGCUCAACUGAGUGGAGCUGAGCAAACGUUCUAUUCCUUUUCUUCCCUCAGAGCUCCCAACUUUCGCUCCUGCUGGAGACAGUGGCUGGCACUUCACCUGCAAUUAGCUGGUGACCUGGAAAGUCACCUCGCUGAGCCGCUUACGGAAUCAAGCCACCGCCAGGAAUUAGUGAUGUCCUUGGCAAAGGAGAUGGCUGCAGCUCUCAGGAUUUAGCCCUGAAGGGCCUCCUUGUGUGGCUGCCUCAAGCUUUGUUAGAGAGCGCUGACCAAAAAUGGCCCCUGGCUGGGGGGGAUUCUGUCUUCUUGUUAGAGCACACUGGCAGCCUGCAAAUGUCCCAUUUCCCAGGACGUUCAAACACAACUGGCUUCCUCGUGGAAGUGCCCUCUGAGGGCACAAAGUGAUGGUUUCAGAAAACGGGCUUUUCUUGGUGUCAGUUCAUGGAUGAGACAGCGGCUGGAGGAGGAGGAGCCCUGCUCUUUGAAGUUGGUCUCUGCAGAGGGAAUGCUGACCUCAAGCCUGCCCUGGCUUGUAUUAUACCCAUCUGUAAUCUACUUUAGCAGGCCUUACUGUAUUAAAUCGUAUCAAGCACCGAAAACCAUUUACAGCAGUGGAGACAGCAGUUUGCCCAAGCAUACAAAGCGCUCUGACCACCAAGCUUUCAUUAUGCUGUCAAAAAGUUGAGAUGUUCGAACUUUAUCAGUGUUAAGAAGAACCACAGGAGGGAAAUGACUCAAGAGUUUCCCAGGGGAAAAAAAAAUAAAUAAAUCGCCAGGUCUGUCCAGCCAUGAACUGUGAAGAGAUGUUGUACAGAACACAAUAUCUUGAUACUAGCACCAGAUUUGUUUGUUUGCCCUCCUGGACCGGGACAGCAUGGUAUGCGCCUGCCUUCUUUGGGCUAGGAAAACUGUAUGAGUCAUAGCAUGAUCAAAGUCUGCCUGGAGACAAACCAGCACUGAACUGAUGCCAUUUUCACAGGAGGUUCCCAUGUGCCAGCGGUGGGAAGAGCGUUCCUGAACUAAAGAGCAGCGGGGAAGGUUUCUGCACUCACCCACUGACAGCUUCCCAGCAACCAUCAAGAGAAAUGCCAGCGCUCUGUUUGCUUCCUUCCUCCUUUACAGCCCAUCUGAUGUCCUGCUGCUGCCUCGUAUUCAGCCUCGUGUCUUAUCUACACCGCCACACUGCUCCUUUGCUCAGAGGGCCUUCAGACUGAGCUCAGCUCCUCUUACAGCCGCUGUGAGUGGUUCCUCCUGGGGAGGUUCUUUAACCUGUCUCAGCUCCCGGCUUUUAUCCAGGGUUGGCAACUGCUGCCUGGUCCACAGACAGCCCAGGCCUGCAGGGAACCACGGCUAGUCCUCACACCAGCUGCUCCAGCUGACCUGGCACAGGGCAGGGCUUUGACUCUGCUUGUGGGCUCUGCUUCUGAUCUUAUUUACAUUUGCACUGGAAAUGCAAGUUUUCUCCACCUUGGUCUCAGCUUUCCCUGCUGACUGCAGUACGGUAUGUUGAUAUUCAAUUUAAACGUCAAACAAGCCAGCCCUGACUGAAGGUCCUGCGUGCUGAAUUUGUCAUUAUCUUCUGUUUAACAUGACAGAAAAGCGGGUAUUGAUACUCCUAAUGAAGCUGUCCCUCAUCUCAGGGCUGAGAAGGGAUGCUUCUGCAGGCCGGCAUCCUGCUCACAGGCCUGGAAGCAAAACAGGCACUGAGCAUUCCCUAAACCCAAAUCCAGCCUAUCCCUCAUCUUGUUCGUGGCCUUAAGCAGCAGCAAGCAAAGAGGAAGAAAGCAGCCACCUAGUCAUCUUCCUGUUUAGAACACAUUUUCUAUGACCAACAUUCCCAAAGCACACGCUGGACCCCCAGCACUGCGCUCUGUUCCCGAGGCCGAGCUGGCAGUGGGAGCGCUGAGCCGUGGGCGCCGCUACGCACAAUGGCUGCACCCGCAGCAGCUGUGGAUGCCUUCUGCAUGGCCCCCAGCACACGUCAAGCUCAUCUCCCACACCUGCUGCCACAGGGGGAAGAUUCAGCUCAUUAAAGCCCGGGUUAAUUACAUAAAUGUCCUUUCUGUGACUUUCCUUUCUGCCUGAGAUAGCUAUCACCCCCAACAUGGCGGCGCCGCCGCCGCUCUCAGGAUGGCGUCGCGCAGAGGCCGCCCCCUCACUUCCGCUUCACGCGGCCACGCUCAAGAUGGCGGUGGCGGAAGCGUGGCGAGCCGCGGAAGCCGGGUCAUGGCAGCGCCGGAAGAGCCGUGCGGCGGUGCGGAGCGGGGCCGGGAGGCGGCUGGCUUGAGCCGGGCGCGGCGGGACCCCGCGGCUGCCGCCAUGUCGCGCUGUGCGGAGGAUCCUGUGAGUGGGGAGAAUGAGGAGGAAGGUAAUGGUAUCAACUUGAUGGAGUUCUCGGAUGAGAUCCUUCUGCACAUCCUAAGCUACGUCCCUUGCACAGACCUGGUCCUGAACGUCAGGAAGACCUGCAGGAAGCUCUCAACGCUUUGCCUUGACAAGAGUCUAACCCAUACAGUUUUACUUCAGAAAGACUACAAGGUAAACAAAGACAAAGUGAAGCAACUGAUGAGGGAUAUUGGAAAAGAGAUUUACCAGCUGAACAUGGCUGGGUGCUAUUGGCUGCCCAGCUCCACUACUGAUCAUGUAACACGGUGCAAGAACCUGGUAAAACUGAACCUGUCUGGGUGCCGCAUCACCUCUCUCCGUCUCUCAAAGAUGCUGUCCACGCUUCAGCACCUGCGCUCCCUGGCGAUAGAUGUAAACCCAGGUUUUGAUGCCAGUCAGCUAAGCAGCGAAUGCAAAGCCACCCUUAGUCGUGUGUCAGAAUUGAAGCAAACCCUCUACACUCCAUCAUACGGUGUUGUUCCUUGCUGCACUAGCCUUGAGAAACUGCUGCUUUAUUUUGAGAUUCUUGAUCGCUCACGAGAAGGUUUUAUGCUGUCUGGACAGCUAAUGGUGGGUGAGAGCAAUGUGCCCCACUACCAAAACCUUCGUGUCUUCUAUGCCAGGCUGGCUCCUGGCUAUGUUAAUCAGGAGGUGGUGAGGCUGUACUUGGCUGUGCUAAGCGAUCGGACACCUGAGAACCUUCAUGCCUUCCUUAUUUCUGCCCCUGGGAGUUUUGCUGAGACAGGAGCCACUAAAAACCUUCUGGACUCAAUGGCUCGAAAUGUACGCCUGGAUGCUUUACAACUGCCUAAAGCCUGGCUUAAUGGUUCUGGACUCCUGCAACACUUGAAGUUCAACAACCCUUUCUACUUCAGCUUUAGCCGAUGCACGUUAUCUGGUGGCCACCUGAUCCAGAGAGUUAUUAAUGGUGGGAAGGACCUUAAAAGCUUGACCAGUUUGAAUCUCAGUGGCUGUGUUCAUUGCCUGGCUCCGGAGUCUUUGUUUCGAAGAGCAGAAGAUGACAUUGACAGUAGCAUUCUGGAAAGCCUGGUCAUGUCUUGCUGCAACCUCAGACACCUCAACCUCUCCGCAGCUCACCACCACAGCUCAGAAAGCAUAGGGAAUCAUUUGUGCCAGCUCCUGUCCAGGCUAAAGCACCUACUCUCACUAGCGCUACCAGUUUGUUCCAUCACAGAUGUUGCUGUGAACAUGGAAAAGCCUCCCACGCAGCCUAAUGCGGUGCCCCAAACGUUUGGAAAGAAAACCCGUGUGGGGGUGCAGACAUAUCCGAGAAACUUAGCAGACCAGGCAUGUCAGAAGUUGGAGUCUUCAGUAUUCUGGACGCUGAUGAGAAGCCUCCGGUUUUUGGAAACCUUAGAAAUAAUUGGGUCCAGUUUUUCCUCUGCCAUGCCCCGCAAUGAGCCAGCAAUUCGGAACUCUCUGCCUCCUUGUGUCCGAGCACAAAGCGUGGGGGAUUCGGAGGUGGCUGCCAUUAGCCAGCUGACUUAUUUGCAGAGCCUCACCUUAGCACAACUGCCAAAUAUUGUUACUGGUUCUGGGCUUGUUAGCAUUGGAUUGCAGUGCCAGCAUUUGCGGACUCUUUCGUUGUCCAACCUGGGCAUGAUGGGGAAAAUGGUGUAUAUGUCUGCUCUCAUGGACAUGUUGAAGCACUGCAAGUGUUUGAGAGAUCUCAGGCUGGAGCAGCCGUACUUCAGUGCAGGCUCCCAGUUCUUCCAGGCCCUGAGUCACUGCUCCUCUCUCCAGCGGCUUUGCAUCGUCUCCCGGAGUGGGACUCUGCAGUCUGAUGCAGUGAUGUCAUUCAUGGCCAACUGCCUUGAGGUCGUCAUGUGCCACAUGUUUAUGGGAGAAUCUCUUACUGUCUGCAGAAAUCUCCAGCAGUCUAUUGUCCGGAGUUUCCAGGCGGACCGCCCGGCAUUAAACGUCGUCAUUUUCCCUCUGCUUCACGAGGACUUGACAGAGGUCAUCAGAGAUGUCCCCAUGAGGCACUUGGAUGAGAUCACCUUGUUUAAAAGCAGAGUGGCUGAGGAGCCCCCCAACCUGUGGUGGUGACAGCACGGAGGGGACAGGCAGUGUGAAUGUGUAGGGUUGCUUCUCUUUGGCCUGGAUUCCCUGCCUGCAGCUCCUGGCCGCCUCCCCGGGUGCUGCACAAUCACUUUCAAUUGGUGCAAUUGCAAAAUAAAAAGCUGUCCAUCUGCAGUGGGGAAACAUCUCCUUGGAUGAUGCUUGCAUCUGAGCAGCCUGUCUCAAAGGCUUCUGGAACACAAUGAGUAUUUCCUUGCGGUUAAUAAUGAAUUGCUUUGUUACUUUACUGAAGUUGAAGGUAAGAGAACCUGACUUAAUGACUCUCUUUCCCCCGUGUCGCCUGGUGUAUUUCCCAAGGGCCCCCGUGUACUUUGGCAGUGUGCUUUGUGGUAUUGGUGGAAAUCAUUCUUUGCUUUGGUCUAUUUUUGGCAAAGUAGAAAGCCUCGGACAGCUAAGAGGCACAGCAGUGUGUCGCUCGGUUGAGAUGCAUCCCAUCUAUGUUACAGGUACACAUUGGUAGCCACACACGUGCAGUUACAGAUACUUAAUGAUCUUUAGAUUGAGGAGUACCACAAGGAGGUGGUUUUUUUUUUAGUUUUUUUUAGUUUUUUAAAUAACAAAUCAUAGUUAUUAGCACCUUGGCCGUGUGUGUUCUUGCUGAUGGUGUUUCCUCCGUUGACGUGGUGGAAGAUGUUCUCAGCUGUUUUGGAAGUCCUUGCCCUGGGGUAGGUGGAGCCUACACUGACUGAGUUAAGGCUCAGAUCUGAUUUAAGUGCAGUCUGUCUUGCUGUUUUGAUGGGGAUGUAGUGCUCUGGCUCUGUCUUUAGGUCCCAUGCCCUGAGUUGAUGCUAAUCUUAGAGGCGUAGCGAAGCAUCUUCACAGCAUGACUUCGGUCAGCUUCUCUGCCCCAAAGAACCUCCUCAGGCGUCAGUAAUGGUCUGGAUCACUUUCAUAUUGCCUUAUUUACUGAGCACUUUGAAAGCAUCAGACAGCUGUAGCGAAAGCUGUGUCGUGAAUUCCUGGAGCACUGUUGCUGAGUGGCAGUUGGGUUUCCCUUUUGCUGGAGCGUUUUGUGGCAGAACAGUGGCUCUGUCUUCUGCAGAACAGUCGUCAGCUGGAGCUGGUUAACUCUGCACCUGCUGUCUCCUAUACGUGCUCUCAUGUUGAGCAGUGCUUUAAUGGGACGUGGCUCUGAGCAGCCUGGUCUGGUGGUUGGCAACCCUGCCCAAGGCAGGGGGUUUGAAACUAAAUGAUCUUUGAGGUCCUUUUCAACCCAGGCCGUUCUACGAUUCUAUUCCAUGAGCCUACACUCAGGUAGGCGAUGGUGUUAGUGAGCGGCUCAGUGUCUGUGCAUUGCUCAAACCAACCCUCGCACGUGUUUGCUGUCUGUCUGAGCUUCUCUCCCUUCCCUGCUCAGGUCUGGGUGCAGCAGCAGCCAUGCUGAGGCCUCUGGAAACAACCACAUCCUCCCCAUCCUCAGAGCGGAGCCGGGAGCCCUCCUGGAGCACUGCAGACUGCCGCAGGUCAGGCACGGCGCUGGCACCCCGCUGUUGGCAUCCUGCUGCUGUUUGCUCUCCCCGUGAGGUUGUUCUUUCUACCUCGUGUCAUAUUGCUUGCCUGUUCGAAUCCCUCUCUCCCUCUCCAACAACUUUUUUCUCUCCUCCUCCCACGCUCUAGCAAAGCCCAUGAGCUUGUUGGCAGGAAAGCGAGCCUCUGCUCCGUCCAGUUCAGUCCACUCCAGCUCUGCUUGGUGUGUGUCCAGGUUUCUUUCCCAGAGUAAUUGAUGGGGAUCAGGCAGCGAGUUGCUGGAAGCAGUGCCAGUGCUGUGCUGCUCUCCUUCUGCCGCUCAGGCAGGGUGAAGGGAAGGCUGAGGGUCUGGAGCCAGGUCUCACGCUUAAGGAAACCUGUCCUGUCCCAUGGGGGAAUCCCAACAGCAGGACAUUCCCAUCCCAGCCAGGCAUUUCUCCUCCUCCAACAUACAGCAGCACCAGCAGGAGUUUGGCAGAGCUGGCAGAGUUAACCCUUCAGUCCUGGGGAUCAGAGCGGCCCCACAAAGCAGGCGGUGCCUUUCUCUUGGCAAAGUGGAACCCACCUGCCUCGUCUUGCUGGGUCGGGGCAGGCAGCCAGGCAUGGUUUGUAACACCAUUAUUCUGUUGUCCAGAGAAUGAUGCUCAGACAUCUGUAUUCAUGCAAGCAGGUCAGAAGUCCUGAUGCAAAUGCUAGCAGUUAUGAUCGGGGCUGAGAAAGGUCACCCACAGGUAGUAAAGACAGCACUACAAAAUGGUGAUAACGAGGGAAAAAUGCCUCCUGCCUGCCCCGUCCCCCAGCCGUGGUCUGGUGCUCCCUAUCUCUGCCACAAAUCCUCUUACGGUGAGUGAGAAUUUCCGCUGCUUCUGCACUGCAGGCAGGAUUCACCAGAUGUUAAUAAUGUGCUUAUUUUCUCUAAGUGCUAUUUUGGCAUCGGUGUUAAUUACAAUUUAUAUUCUGCAACAUUUACACUGGGAAAAGAACCCACCCUAAUAGUCCCCAAUUGGCAGAGCUGGGCUAUUAAGCAUCGCACCAUAUGUUCUGAGCAGAGCAAUGCAUGGGACUCGGAGCCCACUCAGUGCUGAGACUCCAGCCUGCAGCGUUGGAGCAGGAGAGAAUGGAGGCAUUGGCGUUCUGUUGCUAGCUUUUAUUUAACACAAAAUCCCUCCCCCUUCCUCUGGUCUCUGUCCCCAUCUCUCCAGAAAUAUCCCCCCGUUCCCUAUAGGCACCCAGUGAGGUGAUCUCAGCCUGCUGAUGCUGCUGUCCGUGGGCUGAAAUGAAUGGAUUCCAUUACAGAAGGAGCACUUCUUGCAGGCACUGCCUCUCUGGGCUGCCCAGUCCCUGCUGGUGUGUUUUGUGCUGCUCUCUAAAUCUGACCCACCAUCUCCAGGGCUGUGGGAGAAACUCGUGCAUCGACCACUGAUGUGUCUGUGCAUCUCUGGGAGAAGGAGAUUCUGGGGCAAGCAGCAGUAGUGGGGAAAGCAACAGUUGUCUGUGUUCUGUUCGUGCUUCCUUCGGGCAGCGUGCAGGGCUGUGAAGUCCCCUUACUGGGAGGGGAGCACAGGUCGGGGCUGCUGAUGCAAGCUGCCGGGUAGCAGAGCAGAGGCCCUGCUUGCAUGAAUCCCCAGGGCUGUCUUUGCAGCAGGAUCCGUCCCCUCACCUCUUUGGUGGCUCUCUGGGACUCGGGGCUGGGAGCCCCAACCCCUCGCUGGGCGCUGCAGGGUGAAGCACCAUCCUCGUGGCUCUGUGGCUCCGCAGGGAUGCGCAGGCAGCCGGGUGUGCUGGCAGGAGAGCCAUUUCCAUAGAAACCAGUUGGGAUGUUGCACAGGGAAUAGUGAUGAGCAGCGAAGGGACGUUGCCCUGGACUCUGUUUGUUUUUAGGGGGCAGUGAGGGGCAGAACAGCCCCCAGACUCACGGAUACCCCACGUGCCCAUGACUUCCUAGGGGGCUUCCCCCCCUCCUCCCACCUCCACUCCUCAGCUUUCAUCACAUUUUCAAAAUGGCCAACCUGGUUAGGAAUAACCAUCAUCAUAAAAAAGGAUGGAUGGGGUCUGACUACGAACACUGUUGCUGUUAGCAGCAGGAUGUCAGCCAUAAAACACGAAGCAAGGGAGGCAUUGACCUUUCUGCUGUUUGAAAUGAAUGGAGACAUCAAUAUCCAUUGUUUCGUGGCAUUGACCUCUGACGCGCUCCGUUCUCCCUCCCCUUCACUUAUUUAUUAUUUUUAGCAUCCCCCCCUGCUCUGCAGGAGAAGGGUCACUUGGUUCCAUCUACUGCUUCCAAUCUCACUCAGCAAUAGGGAACCCAUCAGCACGCAGAGGGUCCCUAUGGUGUGCUGGUGCUGUGGGUGUGUGCUGAGCCCCGUUCCUACAAUGCGUUCCCCCCUUCCCCAUGCAAAGUCAAAGCUCCGAGCUGUGAAGGAAGGCAGAUCAAUGCACGUUUAAUUACGAUGGGGUUUUUAUUUCGGUUUUUAAGCAGUGAAGUGUAACGUUUUAUGUGAGCACCAUCGGAGCCCGGUUGCCCGGUUCCUUGUUUUAUUUAUUGCUUUAAAGGAGCCCCUUCUUUUGUGAACUUCAUCUCUGCGCAGCGAACGUGAAAUCAGGCAUUGCUAAUGAGCUGCGUGACAAUUAAGUAAUGUAGCACAAAACCAUUAGGACGCUGGAUUUGGUUUUGAAGUUCGUCCUUUGAAGCGGAGCUGCAGCUCCCUGCCCAAGGCUGCUGGGGAAAAUGUUGCUCUUUCAAAACUUUCUUUGAAAAUAAAAUGUCAGCAUAAGAGUCCCUAUUUGUGUCGCCCCUCGCUACGAGCAGCGGGGGGGGAAAUGGGUGCUCGUUGUGCAGCCUGCAGGCAUUGGUGGGAAGGGGAUCUGGGAGAGCAGGAAACGGGUGCUUGGUGUGCAGGGCUGGCACCGAAGCUGCUCAGCUGCUCGUUGGAAAACAGAGCUGCCUUGGGAGGGAAGGAGCUGACCCACAGCUGGGGGGAGGGCAGGGGAGGGUUGGGCUGCGGCACCGCUGGGCCCCUGGGCUCAGACCUGGGCUCCAUCCGUGCGCUCGUCUGCUGCUUGUGUUUGCACCCAGCCCCGUGUUCUCAUAGUGAGUCCAGUUCUGAAUGUGCAACUUUCCUGUACGCAGUGGCAUGUAAAAUUUCAAAUAAAGAGUGAAUCUGUUCUGAACCGGG